GACGGCGGCCGCGCCACUUCCUGGCGGCGGGAGCGGGGCGAUGGCGGCGCAGGACGUGCUGGGCCAGACCGCCCGGCUGGCCUCGUCCAGCGCCCUGCUGCAGGUGCUGUUCCGGGUGGUCACGUUCGGGCUGAACGCCUUCACCCUCCGCUACCUGUCCCGGGAGCUGCUCGGCGUGGUCAAUGUCAGGCUGACUCUGCUGUACUCAACAGUUGUCUUCCUUGCCAGGGAGGCGUUUCGCAGAGCUUGUUUGAGUGGAAGUGCCAAGAGAAACUGGACCAAAACAAUUAAUCUCCUGUGGCUGACAGUCCCUCUUGGUGUCUUUUGGUCUCUUACCUCGGGCUUAGUCUGGCUGUACUUGCUUGAAGUACCCGAUCCUUCUGUGGUUCCUCACUAUCAGGCUGGUGUAGUGGCAUUUGGUCUUUCUGCCAUUAUUGAACUCCUGGGAGAGCCAUUCUGGGUUUUAGCACAAGCUCAUUUGUUUGUGAGACUUAAGGUAAUUGCUGAAAGCCUUUCAGUAGUGUCAAAAUGCAUUUUGACAGUUACUUUAGUAAUCCUUUAUCCUCACUGGGGCCUUUACAUUUUUUGCUUGGCUCAGCUUUUAUAUGUCAGUGUUCUGGUAAUGUGCUAUGUGAUUCAUUUUGUCAUGUUUUUGGGAUCUCCUGAAGCCACAAAGAAAUCAUUUCCAGUUGCUAGGGUGAAAGCUCUAUUACCUAGCUUUGUGGAAGAUGAGACCUUUGUUAACUGGAAGGAAGCACGCUUGACAUGGAGUUUCUUCAAACAAUCCUUCUUGAAACAGAUUUUGACAGAGGGUGAACGUUAUGUGAUGACUUUUUUGAAUGUGUUAAAUUUUGGAGAUCAGGGUGUAUAUGAUAUCGUGAAUAACCUCGGUUCACUGGUGGCCAGGUUUAUCUUUUUGCCUAUUGAGGAGAGCUUUUAUGUAUUUUUUGCUAAAGCAUUGGAAAGAGGGAAGACUGUAAAGGACCAGAAGCAGGAUGAUGUUGCUAUGGCUGCAAAUGUACUGGAAUUGCUGCUGAAACUUGUGCUCCUGAUUGGCCUCACCAUUACUGUUUUUGGCUAUGCCUAUUCUCAGCUGGCUCUGGAUAUUUAUGGAGGCUCAAUGCUCAGUUCUGGAACAGGUCCAGAUCUCCUCCGGUGUUACUCGUUGUAUGUUCUGUUUCUUGCUGUUAAUGGAGUAACAGAAUGUUUUACAUCUGCCUUAAUGUGCAAAGAAGAAGUGGACAGGUACAAUUUUGUUAUGCUGGCAUUGUCUUUCAUAUUUCUGUGCAUCUCUUAUUUCCUGACCCACCAGUAUGGCAGUGUGGGCUUUAUCCUUGCCAACUGCUUCAACAUGGGCAUCAGAAUAGCUCACAGCACCCACUACAUCCAUCACUUCUUCAGAGAAAGCACCCACAGACCCCUCACAGGCCUGCUGCCCUCCCCAGCUCUGCUGCUGGUUUACAUCCUCAGUGCUGGGGUCACUGCUUUCUCAGAGGUGUUGUUCUGCUGUGACAAGGGCUGGAUGGCCAGGCUGAUCCACAUCAGCACAGGUGCCCUGUGCCUUGCAGCAACCCUGGUUACCAUGUUAUGCACAGAGACCAAGCUCAUCCACUUUGUCAGGAGCCAGUUCCUCUCCCGCUAUCUGAAGAAAGGAACAUGACCUGCUCCUGUGCAGAACAGUUCUUGUACGUGCUUGCAGGAAAGGGCUGUAUUUUUUCCAUAAGAUCUGUAUGGAAAAAAGGUUUCCAUGUGUGUUUGGAAGCCCUGAUAAGGGAGUGGCAAUGCUGGAAACUGGCACAUUAAUAUUAUUUUGUCUUCUGAACUGGUCGGUGCAGCAAAAGAGAGGUGAAUAGUUUUCUCUUUAUGAAUCAUUCUUGUCUAAGCUUUUCUUCAAACAGCCUCUGAAGAUCUAAGCUGCACCCACUGAUACAACCUGGUUGACAGACUGCAUGUAGAGAGCUCCCCUUCCUGCCACUGGGCAGUGUAGGAAGGCCUGACGUGGUUUAGAAGGCUUUUAUUUGGCAUGCAUGCUGCUUAACUGGGGAGAAGAUGGUCAGGGAGAAAAAUCCCAAAACCAACCACAACUGUGAAUGCCAUAAAAAUACCCAGAAGCUGAGGAGAACCCUAGAGCAAGGACCAGCACCAGUGUGAGUGUUGUGGAGCAGAACACAGUGUGGUGCAGAGGGAUUGAGCUGUCACUGUUUGAAGUGCAAAGUAGGGAACAGAAGAUCCUGACGUUUACAAGUAAAUUAAUGCAAUACACAGCAUGUGUCCCUGCUGGCUGUGUAAGAUUAUUUCAUUCAUCAGAUCCUUCCUGUCUGAGGACAUUGAUUAAGUUGUCAGAAAUACUCUGAAGCCUUAACUGGAAGGGGUUUUUGGCAUUGUGUGCAUAAGGUGUUGAGUACAAUCACGGAUGGUGCAGUUCAUAAGGUUACUCAUAAAACUUCUUGCUUUCAUCCCAUAUUCUUUUGGGUUUGUCUGAGAUUUUAAACGCCAGCAUGAACAAACUUAUCUCAAUAAAAAUAAUUUUGUCUGUACAACUGAAUGUUAAAUAUAUUUAAUAAUGUUUUUUUUACAAGGAAUUAUGCAUAUUGAAGAUGUUUUCAUUGGAUAGUAAAUACUUCCUUUUGUUCCAAUGUUUUCUCCAUAUCUUGUUUCUUCUUCAAUCUCGACCUCUGGAUUGGUUUGUUUUUUGGUUUUUUUUUUAAUUGAUGAAAAUUUGGAUGUUCAGAAGUUCUAAAAUUCUGUGUAUGGCUGCUGGUUUAGGUGUACUAAUGGUGUAUUAUAUUACUGAUCUAAGAUCUGAACUGGGCAGUUUCAGAAUGUACAAGUGGCAGGUUUAUAAUCAUCAGUGUUCCCUUUGCAGUUUUUGAUGGACCAAAAAAUGUCAAGGUAUGAAAAAUGUGUGCUCAGAUGUGUGUAGUUGAAAGCUUUUAGUUUAAUUAUGUAGCAACUCUGCAGAUCCUUAGACUGCUUAAAAAAAACUCACUGCAGUGGUGGUGUGGAGUUCAUUCUGGUGACCUCAGUGCCCAGGCUGAAAUGCUUUCUAGUGUCAGGGCCUUCAGCUUGUAGUUAGAAAUAUUUUCUAAACUCUGGUAGUUCCCACUUGGAAAACAUUGCCAAAGAUACUGUAUUUGAGAAUUUGGUGAUUGAAAAAUUAUCAUAGAGAAGCCAAAAUGUCACAGUGAAGAAAAAGUCUUGCUGAUUCUUCUUAUGCUGUUUUGAAAUCUGUCAAAAUGAAACAAACUCUACCUUUUUCUGUCUUCUUAAUUGAAUUUAGUAAUUCUUUGCCUUUUACAUUUUUCUCUUCAGAAUGUCCUACACCUUUUUUUUCUCUUUUCUGUCAGGUGUGGAGUUAGUUGUAAAGUACAGGUUCAAAUAUUGCAGAGGGUUGAAACUUCUUUAUGAUGAAUGGUCAAUGCUUACAACAGUUGCUUCUUCCUUACUUGUUAAGACAGUUGAACCUAUGGCUGUGUUUUAAGGUCUGUCUUUUUCUGUGUGCCUUUGGGAUCCUACUGUGGUAAUAUCUCAAUCUGUACAGUGAAUUUUUAUAACUCCUUGGAAUGAGAAAUUUUGUACAGCCCUGCACCUAAAGUGCUUUGGAAGUGGAAGAACUUCUCAUACCAGAUUGAAGCUUGAAGUCCUUCUGCCUUGUCUGCUCUUACAGCCCCAGCUGUACACUGAUAUUACUUCUGCUACUUGUAAUCUUGUAAGUAGGGUGAUAUGAGAUACUCUCCUGUGACAUGACCUGUGUAGUCUCAUAAAUAUUAUUUAAUAGAAAUGAAUUAUUUAGUAUAAUAUGAAUUAAUUUAAAGACAACUUACGUUUUUAUACCAGUUUGUGUUAUUUUGUAUUGGAAAUAUGAUUUGUCUUAUUUCAUAUUGGCAAAUCUCAUGUCUCAAGUGCUAUUUUAUAUGAACCAGGAAUACAGUUAAGGUGACUUAAUGAUUGCUCAUUAGCAAAUUAAGGACACAUUCCUCAUCUAAACAUCAUCUGUAGGCAGCUCAGUGAUGGUUGACUGGUGUUUGUGAUUUGGGAUGUUUUAUUUUUAAUGUUUUAUGUGGCAAGAAACUGCAAGAAGAGACACAACGUAGAGACCUGUGAAACUACUGGUUUUUUAUUUAUCAGUGGGAUCCUUAAUGUCAGAGCUAUUAAUUGCUUUAUUGCUAAAGCAGCAAACUCUCAAACUCAGGGACCAAGUUGAGAUUGAACUUGACCACGUUUCCCUUUUGUUUUAGCCUUGUUCAUCAGUCAAAAGCACCACUGCCUAAAGUGUCAUGAAGCUGUUUUCCAGAGUUCUGAAAUCUUUUAGUUUCAGCCAAAGGGGAAUGAAACAUUUUCUUUGGUGGGGAAGGUUAUGAUUUCAUGCUUUGUGGUGCGCUUUUCUUAUUUGUUGGAUGAAUGAUUUUCAAGGUAACACUAAAUAAAAUUUAUUUCCUUUA